CCCGGACACCGGGGCACCGCACUGCGGAUCCGGGCACCGGGGCACUGCGCACCUGGACACCGGGGCACCUCUCCGCAGCACCAGGGCACCGUGCGCCCGGACACCGGGGCACUGCACUGCGGAUCCGGGCACCAGGGCACCGCUCCGUGGCACUGGGACACCGCGCGCCUGGGCACCGCACUGCAGAUCCAGGCACCGGGGCACCGUGCGCCUGGGCACCGGGGCACCUCUCCGCGGCACUGGCGCACUGCGCACCCAGACACCAGGGCACCGGGGCACUGCUCCGCUGCACUGCUCCGCGGCACCGCGCACCUGGGCACCGCGGUGGGUACUGCGUCGGGCACUGGGGCACCGCCCUGCAGCUCCAGGCACCGGGGCGCCUUGCCCCGUGGUACCGCACUCCUGGGCACUGCUUCACAGAUCCAGGCACUGAGGCACUGCCCAGCCCGAGCAGGAGCAGCCGGAGCACGGAGCCAGGAGGAACUGCCCCUGCCCACCUCAUCCCCGGGCUGAGCCCUGCUGCCCCAGCCCCAUGGCCACGGAGGCUGCCACAGCCUGGGCUUCGCAGCCCGGCAAUGGCAGCAGGGCAGCGUGCUCGGUGAACAUGGCCUUCGCCCACCACUACUUGCCCACCGUCUAUCUGGUGGUGAUCCCCCUGGGGCUGGUGGGGAACGGGCUGGGCCUGUGGCAGCUGUGCGCCAGGCCGCGGCGGAGCGCCCACAGUGCCCUGAGCCUGCUGGUGGGCAACCUGGGCCUGGCUGACCUGCUGUACGUCAGCACGCUGCCCUUCCUGGUGAGCUACUACCUGCAGGGCAGAGUGUGGCUCUUCGGCAGGGUCUGGUGCCGGCUCACCCGGGGCCUCUUCCACCUCAACCUCUAUGCCAGCAUUGGCUUCCUCACGUGCAUCAGUGUCCACCGGUACCUGGGCAUCGUGCACCCAAUGAAGAUGCGGGGCAGGUGCCAGGCUCUGACCUCUUCCCUGUGGCUCAGUGUGAUGGUCUGGGUGUGGGUCAUCAUGCAGGUAGCUCCUGAUUUUGCCUUCAGCAAGAUGGACUACACAGGAACGCGGUGCCAUGACACGACAGAGCACAAGAACCUGGGUAUUUACUUGCCGUACACCGCAGCCAUCACCGUGACGGGCUUCGUCAUCCCCUUUCUCAUCAUCAUCGGGUGCUAUGGCCACGUGGUUGUGGUGCUCUGCAGGAACGACACCGUGGACCCCAGCCUGCGGAGAAGAAGCAUCAGACUGGUGAUAGUGGUGAUGGUCCUCUUCUCGCUCUGCUUCCUCCCCUAUCACAUAUUCAGAAACCUCAACUUGUUGUCUCGAACCUGGCAACUGCAAGGGGCCUGCACACAGACUUUAAAGAACAUUUACGUUUCCUACCAGGUGACCCGUGGUCUGGCCAGCUUGAACAGUGCCUUGAACCCCCUGCUCUACCUAAUGACCAGCGAAGACUGCGUGUCACAUGUGCGGGCUCUCGGGCAAAGGGCCAGCCACUCUCUGCGCUCUCUCUUCAGGAGCGAAGCCAGUCACCAGACGGAUGAGAAGAAAAUCAAUAUUCUCUGUGAGCAGCAGGUUUCUGACAAGCUCUGAGUUACCCAGCUCAAGAGGCGGAUUUGAGACAGGACGCUGUCCUUCACCUAAGGAGAGGCAAAGGGAAUUACCUACCUACCUUGCAGCAGCACUGUAAGGGCAAGUUUGGGGGGGAAGUGCUUUGGAACGGUUCAUAAAAACGUCAGAUAUUAAAUAUAUGACUAAGCUGUGCCAGUUCCUGUGUAAGUUGUUCCUGGGUGACUGAGCUGCUUCAGGAGCUGUGUUAUCCCCUAUUGCUCACCUCCUUUGCAGAAGGAAAAAAAUAUUUUAGCAUUACUCACCCUCUUCCGGAAGAGCAUAUAGCAGACAACAACAAACUUGACAUUUUAAAGUUUCUGGAGGCUGGUGUGCUGCAGAAACCUGAACCACUGGUUUCAACAGGCAAAUCUCAGGAGAUUUUCCAGAUCUUCAGGCUUGCAGCUGUGAGCGUGCAGUGAUAGGUCCGUGGCAGGGCCUUUGGGCGUAGUUUUGCUUGUGGCUUUGCCUGCACAAACCUAGACUCGUAACAGCUUUGCGUCUGCCUAUCAGGCCUGCAUCUAGCAAGUCUGACUGCAUGCUAAACUUGGUGGAACUCUCUCCUGAUAAUUUCACUAAAACGACCAAGUGUUCAGAGUUAGAAAUUCGGUAUGUCUGACUGCGUCCAUUUAGCAGUGAGGGAAGCCCAGUUUACAAAGCAGCCAUGAGUUUCAGCCUCAUCCUGGGGAGUAUUCGGAAAUGGUCAUCAUACUCUUCUGCACUUCUAAAAUCACUGUUCGAGGGGUAGACGAAGACAUACGCUGAUCCAAAGAGAGUCAGAUGUCCUAAUUUGCCAUCAUAGAUGGCAACACACACCUUAAACAGUAUUUGUUUUACGGUCAUCCUCGCAGCCUUGCCCGAAGGGAGGCAACAUGGGUUUGAAGACUUGUGAAGGAAAGCUCAGACAGCAAGCGUAGGGCUUGUGCAGCCUCCAGGGCGGGCUGGCACCAAGGCCACGGGGUUCUCCGCUUCCCGGGGAAGCGAAGGCUGCCGAGCGAUCGUUGACUACUUCUUCUUGCUGUUCUCACCACUAACAGUUCAGAUAUUUCAGUUCUUGUGAAAACAGCGAUUUUUAGUAAUUGUUAAAACCAGGCAAUACUGGGAAAGCGCCAGCGCGUGAGCCCGGCACUCUUUGGCACGAAGCCCGAUGUUUCUCACUGUCAGCCGCUGCUCGCACCGACCCACCUUCGCCGUGCCACAGAGGGAGCCGCGGCUGGCUUUCAGACAGCGUUAGUAUGUCUAAAGUGCAAAU